GCGGCCGGCUGGUGGCCGCGGGGGCUGUUGCAGCAGCGGCGGCGGCGGCGGGCGGAGCGGCGGCGGCGGCGGCGGCGGCCGGGGGCGGCCGAGGAGGAGGCGGCGGCGGCCGAGGAGGAGGCGGCGCGGGCGGCGGCGCAGGGGGGGGCGCCGGGCGAGAAGCGGCGGCGGCGGCGGCGGAGGCCGAGCGGCGGCGGCGGCGGCGGGCGGCGGCAUCAUGGCGGACAGAGACAGCGGCAGCGAGCAGGGCGGCGGCGGCGGGGGCGCGGCGGGCGCCGGGGGGCCGGGCUCGGGCGGCGGCGGCGGCGGCGGCGGCGGCCCGGGCGGCGGCCUGCAGCAUGAGACGCAGGAGCUGGCCUCCAAGCGGGUGGACAUCCAGAACAAGCGCUUCUACCUGGACGUCAAGCAGAACGCCAAGGGCCGCUUCCUCAAGAUCGCCGAGGUGGGGGCGGGCGGCAACAAGAGCCGCCUGACCCUCUCCAUGUCGGUGGCCGUCGAGUUCCGCGACUACCUGGGCGACUUCAUCGAGCACUACGCGCAGCUGGGGCCCAGCCAGCCCCCCGAGCUGGCGCAGGCGGCCGACGAGCCCCGGCGGGCGCUCAAGAGCGAGUUCCUGGUGCGGGAGAACCGCAAGUACUACAUGGAUCUGAAGGAGAACCAGCGCGGGCGCUUCCUCCGCGUCCGCCAGACCGUCAACCGCGGUCCGGGACUGGGCUCCACGCAGGGCCAGACCAUCGCCCUGCCGGCCCAGGGCCUGAUCGAGUUCCGCGACGCCCUGGCCAAGCUCAUCGACGACUACGGGGUGGAGGAGGAGCCGGCCGAGCUGCCCGAGGGCACCUCCUUGACUGUGGACAACAAGCGCUUCUUCUUCGACGUGGGCUCCAACAAGUACGGCGUGUUCAUGCGGGUGAGCGAGGUGAAGCCCACCUACCGCAACUCCAUCACCGUCCCCUACAAGGUCUGGGCCAAGUUCGGCCACACCUUCUGCAAGUACUCGGACGAGAUGAAGAAGAUCCAGGAGAAGCAGCGGGACAAGCGCGCCGCCGCCGCCGCCGCCCCCCCCGCGGGCGCCGGGGCCGAGCCGCCCCCCGAGGCCGAGGCUGCCGCCGCCGCCGCCGGGCCGCCCGGCGCCCUGCUGCAGGCCGAGGAGCCCGAGGAGGACUGACCGCCCGCCCCCCGGGACGCGGACUGGCCCCGCCGCCGGCGGGAGGGAGGGCGGGCGGCGGGGCGGGGGGGGCGCGGCGAGAUGCCCUCCCCGCUGCCCGGCGCCCCCCCCGGCCGCGCCGCCCGCCCGGCGCCCCCCCGCCGCCCGGCAGCAGCGCCUUCGAACCGCCACCCAUCGCUGGAUGUUCCUCCACUUUACCCACCUAUCAAACAGUAAGCAGCUGCUAAAACAAAACAAAACAAAAAAAAAAACAAAACACACAAAAAAAAAGUCAAAAAAAGUAAUAACAUUAUAUAUGAACUGUGUUUCCUACUUGAUUAAAAAUAUAAAGAACUGAGUGUUUAUUUCCCUAAUUAACCGAGAACUUUUGUACACGUUUAAGCUAUUAUUAUUAAAAGUGUUUGCAAAAAUGGUCAAGAUUAUAAUAUUGCUGAAUUAUAUAAAAAAGUCCUUUUCAUGUUGAGCUAACAUUUGACUUUAGCACAAAAAAAAGAGAUAUUUUAGAACACGUAAAAUAAUAUUUUUAGUUUUUUCUUCUCAUUUUGUUACCAAAUUUUGAACCUUACAUGGAGGUUACUAUAGUAUAUUUGACACCCUAUAUACCUGUGAUUAGAGAUGUGUAUAUAUAUAUGAGGGCUAGGCAUGCUGUGUGUCUGAGCUUUGUCUAAAUGUUAUGCAGAAGUUUGUAGAGUUAAAAGGUACGUAGGUUUAAUUCAUGCAAGGUAAACAAUAAGUGCUCUCUUUUAUACAAUAUGCAUUGCAUCUGGACCUUAAACAUAUAAAAAUGGUCAGUGAAACUUCUGUGAACAUGAAGAAAAAUUAUUAAAAAAGGCAUUUAAAUGAAAUUUGCUAACUUGUGAUUUUUACGUUUGAACCAAAGUUAUUCAAAUAGUAAAAAAAAAAAAAAAAAAGAAAAAAAAAAGAAAAGGAAAAAAAAAGGAAAAAAGAGAGAGAGAGAAAAAAAAAAAAGGAAGCAUUUCCUCCCGUAAUAUUUUUUUCUGCACCUGUUUGGUUUACAACUGAGUAGGCGUAUUGUAAUUAUUGUGUAUAUGAGAUGUACUUGUAUUGUUCAUAAUAUAUUUUUUUUAUUCUGUGUACUUAAAGUACUUAUCCUGACGUGCAGCGGUUUCCAGUCAACCUGGUUUUGGACAGCAGGUAGUGAGUCUUUCCGUGUUGCCACUGGCAGUAGCGCUGUCUCCUCAACUCCUGAGAGGUCCGAGCCGAUGCUUUGGUCCCUGCCAGUGCCGUUAACUUCUGCAGGCCUGUUGGAAAUCAGUGCGAUGAUGCGAUGCAGAGGGAUCCUACUGAGCCAUGGGGUUCGGAGUUUCGGUUAAGAGUGAAAUCCAAGCCCGGUGUGUGUCUGUAAUGGAUUUCCAUGUAGCUGUGGUGCUAGUUCUUACUGGCUACAUACCUGGUGACAGCCGUGCCCUUCCCUCCCGUCCCAGCCUUCUCGCCGGUGUGCGCGCUCGCGGGCUCUGGUCGAAGCCUAGGGUAGGGAAACGCAGAUUUGUCAGAACACUAAUCUGUCCAGGUGUGUUCUCCAAAUUGAAAUUGUCUGUAAUAAUAAUAAGAAUAAUAAUAGACUUUUACAGGUUGUUUUUUGUUGUUUCGUUUUGUUUUUUUUUUCUUUUAAAAAAAAAGUCGGUGUGCUUUUAAUUGACUAACUUCUUGCUGCUGUAUAGUAAAAUAUUAAUAUAUUUUUAUCAUUAAACUGCUGCAUGACUAUCAUCAUUGCGAGGGAAGAGAAAACGUUAUAAAAAAAAAAAAGAUGCCUUAAACAGUGAAAACAAAACGUUUUAUUUUCUUGGCCAGAAUUCAGUAGACAGUGUUUCAGAGAAACUAAGAUCUUGUUCCACUCGGAAGUUCUUUUGGGUUGCAAUCAUUUUGAACCCUCUUGGCGGAGUUGGCCGCCUGGUAGACCUGGCUGCGCUUCUUUACCCAUGGUCGAGGAUGGAGGUUCGGAAGGGUGGGGAAAAAAAAACCCAAGCUUUGUUUUCAAGAGUUUUUAUUUCCUGCUGUCUUUUUAUUUCCAUUUGAAAUUAUAAUUUUUGACUUAUUUUUUUUUUUCGAGAUGUACUGUAAGUGUCAAAACAAGCUGUUUCCAUUGUACCAUGCAUUAUUUCCCUUUAAAGAAGUUUGCUGUUAGUGUUCACAGAAAGUUAAAUACUAGAUGCCGGUAGUGAGGUGUUUCUGUUUCUUUUAAACAAUCACUGGAAAUGUUAAAAAUUGCUUUAAUGUGCACUUUCGUAUUUCCCAGUAGUAAAAUAAGCUUUCGGAGUGCGUAAUGUGACAUUUGAGAUGGUUCUCAAUUGCAUGUAAACAUGUGUCUGAUAACCUGCUUUUGAAUCGGAGGGUCUGGAUGGGCAGUUCCAUCGAUUAUUGUACUUCAACUGUGAUGUGUGCGGGACUGCAUUCUCCAUGCUGCUAGACGUAGUUAGGAAAUUAAUUGCUUUGGUUUUUUUUGCUACUUGAUCGAUUGUCUCGGUCCUGCUGUUCACUGCCCUCCCGAAAGUUGUCGCGCUGCUGACGGACGCGCUCUGGUAGCUCCGGGCUGCUGCCUUGUCUUCCCAGCAAUAAGUAGCAGGAGGCGACGGGCGUGCGGCAGCGUGUCCGUCCGUCCCAGCCCCGGGAACGCGUCCGUCCCAGCCCCGGGAGCGUCGCCGUCCCGCAGGCGCUGCCCAGGGGCUCCCGGGAUCCGGCCGGUCCGGGGGCGCACGGGCCGCGCGGUCCCAGUCAAACCAGUACAGCCCGUCGCAGGCACUGGCAGCGCGGUGAACAGUGUCUUGAGAAGUUGUGGUCAGUUUUUGUCUUGUCUUGGGGUUUCUUCCGCGUGUUUUUGUUGUUGGGUUUUUUUCGUUGUUGUUGUUGUUAUUUUGUUUUCUUAACGCACGUUGUGUAUGUUCUAGGACUUUAUGAAUGAUGGUAAUGAAAGACUAAAAUGACUGUAAAGGUUCAUGGGAUUUCACUUCUGGUUUUGGUUUUGUUUUGAUUUUUUUGAAUUAUUUUUUUUUUCCCCAGAGGUGCCCGGUACUUUACCAAGCUCUAAUAUCUCAGUAUUUGAAACAAAGUACAGAAAACCCAGUUUAUGUUAGAAGAAAGGUAUAUUUGACCAUAUGUGUUGUUUUAAAAAAGACAGUAUGCUCAAAUGUGCCAAGAUAUCUAAUUCCUGAGAAGUAUGCCUUAUAUUUUCCUUGAUUAUAUGCUUUUAAAUGUGUUGUAGAUUAGGUCCAAAAGCAUGAUAAAAGCUACUUUAUAAUGACUACGUGCAAGAAAACUUGAAAUUCAUUGCAAUACUGACAUUAUUUUAUUUUUGAGUUAAAGGGACACUGUCAAGUUAUUUACCAUUGAAAUGCAACCACCCUUUAAGAGAAGGGUGAGAGACAAGAGAACUGUUCUCCAAAUUCAAAGUCGUUAUUAUUAAUUUUUUUAAAAAAAGUAAAAUUGCUCUAAGAAGUUAAAUGAUAAAAAGAAAAAGAAACGGCAUGAUUGGCUGUCGAUGCCUCUUUGUGGUCCCACCGCGAUGCCGCGGGGGCACUGGCUGGUCCCAGACUCGGAGGGGAUGCGCAGAGAACUUUAUGGGAAAAUUCCAUUUAAAAAAGAAAGAAGAGAAAGAAAAAAGAACUGAACAACGCAACUUGACAGUGUCACUUUGUGGCACGUCCCUCGCGGGGGGUGCGCAGCCCGGGCUGGCGUCGCGCGGAGGGGCCGCCCGGCGAGGCACAGACCAUCCCGUCUAGCGAGUGCUGCCCGUGAUUUUAACCCCUGCUCAGAGCCCACCCGUAACUCUUUUGUUUUUGGAAGGGGGGGGGGGGGGAGGGAGCAAUUACUUUGUUGCCUUUAAAAAUAGCACUGUAACCACCUUUUCUUACGAUUAGCUGUAGUAUAACCUUUGUCCCUUCAAACUAUGCAAGCUAUGAAAUGUAAAUUAGGGAUCAGUUAAAGAUAGUUGAUUAUAUUCAAUCAGAUGGCAUUCAUGCACUAACUGGAGUAUAUACAGAUAAAGCUAUUAGAGUGACUUGUAUGCUAACAGCGAGAUAUAACAUACCUACCUAUUCUAAAAAAAUGACUAUUAAUAUUGUAUAACAGGACUGUGGGGUUGGGGAGGGGAUGUUAUCUCUUACCUUCUGAAAAGGGGAUUUAAGAUUUUUAUAACUGUUUUUUCCAUCAAACUUUAAUAUUUUUGUCAAAUUUUUAGGUAUUUAAUUUGUAAAAUAGAUUUUGCUUUGUACUGACGUACAGAAAAUAGGGGUUGAUUUAAACUUUUUGAAGCCAAGUGAUCAACUACAUUUGUAAUAAAAAGUCAAUGGAUGUAUAUCAGUCGUACUCACUGUUUUCAUUUCUUGUACGUUCUAAUGCAGUGGCGUUGUAUGUCUCCCAAGGAAAAAAAAUUGGGGAGGUGGGUGGAAGGAAAAGGCAAAAAGAUCAGCAUUGACGCUGCACAUUGAUGUGACUUUCCAUCUGCAAGUGGCCCCUGGUCAGUGGAGAUUUGGUAGAUAUGCAUUUUUACUAAAAAACACCUGCACUUUUUGGAGAAGGGUUUACAAAAACCUGACGUCUUUGGCAUGUCUUCACUUCAUGCUUGUGCCCGUAAACUCUAAAGCUGCCCUUUGGGAAGCACAUUUCCCUGGCACUUAAACCCAAAACCCGACAAGGCAAAGCUUUGAUUUCUUGUGAGGUGGUGAACCACGGCACGUUACGUUUUUGCACCUGCACACUUUGUCUCCCCCAAAGGUCUGCCCUUUCUUUUCUCUAAGUUCAGCAGGCUAAACUUUUGGGUUCGUUUGUUUGUUUUUAGUAAAAUUACCAAGCGUUUUAAAGACUUCAGCAGAUCCACUGAGUUUGGAUCCAACACCUUGCAGAGCACUGGCAUAAUGAUUUUUUUGUUUGUUUGCUUUAAACCCAGACCUCCCAUUUCCCGGCCCAGGGCAUAUACCAAAUCUGAUUGACUUGUCUGUGGCAGAAGCUGUGGGAGCCAGAAGUGGAGAAUCCUGACAUUAAUGUACAAGAAUGCUAAAACAGGUUUACAUUUCGGGGGACUCCCAUGAAACACAAAAACUCUAUAACUAGAACCGACCGAUUUCUGGGUUGUGCUAGUCCAAGAGUAGAAACCGUGUCUCUCUUAGGUGACUUGGAAAGACAGCAGGGAAAGCAAAUUCUCCCACAACCGUGCAAUUCGCUUAUUCGAAAACCUGCUGCUUCUUACCGGCUUGGAUUGCUUUUUGAGAGGGAGGGCUCUGCUUUAAGUGCUGGAGAGUUUCUCUGUUAAAACAACACUGUCAGUAUCUUUUUAAGUGCAAAUUUUAAAUCCUGCUUUGCACCUUUUAUUUUCGUUUCCUUUCCACCUUGCUUUUUGUCAGGCUUACCCUAACUUUCCUUUUAUUUCCUUACUAUCCUCCCUUGCUGGCUUGUCGACUUGUAUAAUUGAAGGGUCACUGUUCGUGUUGGUGGUUGGACUCUUUGGAGGAGGAAUCCAGCGUAGUUUUAGGUUCUCGUGCCGAGCUUUGUACUUUUUGCACAUGCACUUCUUUCCCUAAAAGUUGGAGUUUUCUUGGCUCUGUCCUCUCACGUGUGAAGAGAGGUGAAAGGAUCUGAAUUUUGGGUAGCAGAACAGAGGAGCGGGCUGCAUGCAAAGCGUUGUCAAAAUGUUUUGACAAAACCGACGAGGUAAACAAGCGAGUUCCAUUUUUAUUCUUGAUUCCUUCUGCUGUUGCCAUCUCCUGUACCACUUGCAACAAUGAAAGAUAAUUUCAGCCCAGAGCUCUUUUUCUCAAGCCUCUGGUUCCUUUUACUCUGCUUGCUUGCACAUGAUUUAGCUCGCUGGCACCACAAAACAUUGUGCGUAGGUUGCAAACGUGGCGAGGAGAUAUGUAUAUAUAUAUAGGUUAAAGCUAGUUAAGGUUAAUCUAAACAGACUUUCAAAACGAUAACCCUUUUUUAAACACCUGUUUUAGCUGGAGCCUUAUCUUUGGACCUGAAGUUCAUGGCUUUUUAUUUGUUGUUCUCAUAAGUGGGCUCUUUCACGCUGAGGUGACUGAUGGCACGGGGAGGAUGCUCCUCUCCUCUCCUCUCCUCUGCGGAGCUGGGAGUUUCUCUUAGCCUGCCUAUCCUUCUUUUUUUAUAUUUUAUCUUUCCAAAGCAUUUCAGUCCCUGGUGGGACCGUGUUUUAGCAGUGUCUGGGGAAAAGUCAGCUUAUAUAGGGGUUCAUGAUGCAUCCCUCUUCUCGCAAAUGCAAGCAGGCCAUGAGGCUUUGCUGGGCCAUGCAUUGCUUGUCGUUGAUGUGGAUCUGGGCAGCUGUAGACAGCAGAGGGAAAUAAACACCAGAUCAUCCAUUUUUAGAGGUUCACAGAGUUACUCCUCCAAUGUAUACUGCGUAUUUUACUGCAGUUUGGAUGGGAUAAAUGGCGCCUCCGUUUGCAGGCGUCUUUCAUGCCGUUGUCGAUAAUGACGAUGCUUCCUGAGCUCGCAGACUCGAGUGGGUGCCAAUAAUCCACCUGGAGGGUGGGAAAAGGCUUUCAGGGCUGGCAGAGGCGGAUGGCCAAGGUGCAUCUUGGCCAUCUGCAAUUUGGUGUCUGUAUGUGGCUGAAGCCAGACGAGCCGUCAUGUUUUAUGGGAGAGGCGGAGCACGUCACGCUUGCCUCUGUAAAAGUAGCAAACACUUGCAUAGCCUGUUUGAGGCAAAAUAUCACAGAAGAGGGACAGUUGAAUUCAUGCAGCAAGGAGUGAGGCAUGUUUUCACAGAAAAAUGUCAGAUGGUUUAAGUGAAAAAAGAUAGAGGACUUCUGGUCCCAGUAUCUGUCUUUUGAGUGUUGACUGGUUAAAACAAGAUGGAGCGAGCGGCUGGAUAUCCAUCUGCGGAUCAACACUGCUGGCGCUUCUUUGCCUGGAGAGGGGAUCUGGUCCUGAGCCUUUUGCUCUGGAAGGCACCGCGUCCAGGCAGGACGGGGCCCUGCUCAGGCUGGCUCUACAUUUUGCCUGCAUGGGGGUAUUGUCUCAUUUUGGGUGACCAGGACACAACACUGGAUGUCCCCAGGACUAUCCGUGACAGCUUUGCAGCUCAGGUUGGGUGUGCGCUUCUGGAGCAAAGUGCUCUGCUGUCCCUGUGCCGCGUACCUUGGCUUUAUCAUGGAGCGCAUGACCUGAUGCGUUUGGGGUUUAAAUUAGCCAACGCAAGUUGUGGGCAUUAACUAAGCCAAAAGACAACCGGUGGGCAUUAGGUUUGUCAGACCAAGCUAGAGCUCACGGAGAGUAAAAUCCCCAAGACACAGAUAAUGUGACCAUCAGCUCCUGAGUAGUGACUCCUUUGCUGUUGAGCUUGUUGAGCUUGUUGUGUUUGCACCUAAUUGUCUUAAGGCUCGGGUUCGUGAGACGUACGUCUGGAUCAGCCGUCAGCUGGGAGAGCGCUUGCUUUGAGCAUCUUCUGGACCUCCCCAGCAGGUAACUUGGUCUUAACUCAGAUAAUUCCUUGGCUUUGCUGGUCAUCAGUUGGUUUAUUGUCCAUCCUAACAUUAGCUUUGCAAAAAUAUAUACCUUAGCCUUUUCUUAGGCUUAGGCCCCAUAGGAGACUGAACUGAAAAGAGGACUGGCAGGAACACUGGCAGUGUGAGUUUGCGCUGAGCCUUCCUGUCUGUGGCGCAGAAGGGUUUUUUUUCUUGAAACACUAUCUUGAAAUAUGCAGGAAGUGAAGAAAAGCUUCAUUCUUUCUGCCUCCGAUUGGAGAGGUGAGAGGUGUGGAGUUACAUCUGCAGCGUGGAAGGACGUGCCCCUCUUGGGGAGCGAGACCUUGGAGGGAGGCGGCUGUUGGAGCUGAUCCACUGCCCGCCGUUGGGAAGCCAAAGUGCAUGCCUUGGAGAUGUUUUGGCAGCUUUUCAGGGAAAAACCUCUACAUGUUGAAAUGUCAUCCUGAUCGGCAUGUUGGUUUCCCUGGAAAUCUGCUCUUAAAAGUGUCUUGCAAAUGGCAUCUGAAUCCGCAUGACCAUGCUGACCCCAGUGGGUUUGGAUUUCUCACUGGACAUGGUGCAGAGACUGUGCAGCAGCCGCCACGGGUGACUUUUGGUGAAAGAGAUCACAUCUCGCUGAUGCCCAUCAGUGGUUGUGACUGUGAGGUGGCACUGUCAUGCUUGCAGGAAGGUCUGGGAGCUGAGCCUGGGCUCUUGGCGACAUCUCAGAGACAUCCCAUCUUCAGCUGGACCAAUGCGCAGUUGCUCUAGAGCGGGCAAAAGCACAGGAGGCCUUGGAGCUGGGAUGUGAGGACACGGGAGCCGUGGGGCUGACCCCACUGGAGUGUUUUCAGCUCCUCUGUGUCAUCAGCUGUGCUGGUGUGGCUGGUGCUGAGGUGGACCUGCCGGCUUCGCACAGGGGCUGGAGGAGGCUGAGUCUAUGUAAGAUACAUGCCUGGGUGAUUUAUAUUGCUGGGAGUUGAGGGUGGACAAAAUGAGCAGUGGCACUUUUUUCUGUUGCCGGUGAACAUCUUGAUGUGCGAGUCGAGCUCAAUUGGCUGAGCUCUCAUCACACGUGCAGUGCCCUCCAGCUGGUAUUUUAGCCCCGGUCGAAGACUGGAGUGGGUUUGUUCUCCCAGCUCUGGGUAGGAAGCUGUGCUGUUGUGUGCCAGAGUGCAGGCCAGCGUUUGUGCUCCAUGGGUGGGACCUGUCUGGAUGGGACAUCUCGGAGCACUGCUGUUGUUUGAAGGUUAGCUGCAUUGCAUUGAGUGUCUGUCCCCCAGGUUGGGCUUGCUGUAGUGUCUCACUAGGGAAUACGUUUCGUUUCUCCGUGCUCUGUCCCGGUUGCACAGUAGUUUGUGAGUGCAAUGCAAGCUGGCUUUGUUGCCUCUAGUCUCCUGAAGUUUGGAACCUGCUUUUCCUGGGCUUGCCUUUCGCUCGAUCAUUUAGUACAGGCAGAAGAGCUCAAAGCAGCAGCUCCUUGGGAGCGUGCAUCAGCAUGCACAUGUCGGCUGGUCCAGACUCCUCAAGGCUCGCCCCAGGGUCAGGAGCUUUCGAUACCUUCCCUUCCCUUCCCUUCCCUUCCCUUCCCUUCCCUUCCCUUCCCUUCCCUUCCCUUCCCUUCCCUUCCCUUCCCUUCCCUUCCCUUCCCUUCCCUUCCCUUCCCUUCCCUUCCCUGCCCUGCCCUGCCCUGCCCUGCCCUGCCCUGCCCUGCCCUGCCCUGCCCUGCCCUGCCCUGCCCUCCCCUCUGCUUUCUUCUCUCUUCUUCCUCUUCCUCUCCUCCUCUCUUCUCUUUCUCUUCCCUUCUUCUCCUGCAUCACUCUGGUAGCAGUAGGUCCUGCUUCUCUCCCUUCUAGGCGAGCUGUGAAGGCUUGAUGAUCUGUCAAUGCUUCAAGAAGUGCCGGGGCCAGGGAGAGUGGAUAAAGGAUUUUGUGAAAUCUGGUAUUUAAACCUCCCACUCAAGUGAUGCUGAGGAGAGCUGGCAAUGCAGCAUUGGCUUAUCAGGAGCUGUGUGGGCAGGUCAACUUAAGAAAAACAUUAUGUGAGCAGCAGCAGAGGUGAAGCAAAGAAGCCGGUGUCUUGUCAGGUACAGAGUUGUAAAUGGCGCCAAAAUUUAUUUUUAUUAAAAAUAUUAUUUUAUUUAAAUAAUAGGUGACAGUAGGAUCACCGUUGCCUGGAGCUACUGAAAAGCAACAAGGCAAGUCUGUGAGCGAAACAGGGAAUAGAGGCUUUGAAUUAUUUGCUGGCAUUAAUAAUUCUGAACUAAGCACUGCAAAUUCAUGUCAUUGUCAUCUCUGCUUUCAUGUCUGCAAACAGUUUGGUUCGUGGAUGGGUCUUUUGACAUAACUGUGUUCAGAGGCUCAUUCAAUCAAAAGUUGGCUUCUGAGCUGCAACUGUCAAUAAAAGUCGUGGUAAAUGAGUCCUUGCAGGCUUCUGCCAGGCCAUGUGAAACUUAUCUUGUCCAAUGCAAGUAUCUAAUUGGUGGUUUAAAGUAAUUUAAAAAAGAAUCCUCUAACUGUCUGUCUAUUUUUAGUUUAAGGAUGGACUUUAUAUGGUCAUAAAGUAAAAAUUCUAAGCUUAAUUAUUGGGAAUUGAAGAACAUUGGCUUAAUUGCACUGGGAACUGCACGCACGAGUGCAGAGAGGACACACUUGACGAGUGAUGAUCUUCUGAUAAAAUACUAUACAGUGUGACAAGGGGAGGCACCGCAAGCUCCAGAAAGUGUCUUGAGGCCGAAGUUGCUGAGCUGGUAGAGAAGAGAUGACAUUAGAUCAUCUGCACAUGGUUGUGGUCCGUCCUCACCUCAGCACUGCCUGCCUUGCCUUUUACAUGUGGAAACUUGACGUGCAACUGGACAGGAUUAAAGGGAUGGCUGGUAUUUUAGUACUGAAGCCUUGGUUGAGGAGUGGUUCUCUCUUCUGGAGUAGCCUGCAGUUGCUGGGAAAGUAGCUCUGGGAGGUUUGGAUGACAGAGGGUUUGGUUGUGGGUCCGAACAAGAAAGAUGUCUGUAUACCGGUGUGGAAACAUGGAACAAAAAGAGUUGUUGUAGGCUUCUCAGCAGUGUAAAAAGACCCUGGUGUAGUUGGUUUGAUUGAAACUCAGCGGGGGUGAUGAAAAUCAGUAAGAUACUGCAUUGCCUGCCAUCGAACUAUACUGAACGGGCAUGCUGGGUCAUAAAGGUGUGAAGGAACACUAGAUCUAAAAAGCUGCCCUAAAAUCUGAGAGGAGGUUGGAGUAGUGAUGACCACGUGGCCAAAUUUAUGUUGGAUAUAAAUCCCAUAUUUUAAUGACAUGGAGGUAUUAGGGAAGGUUUAUGGAUAUCAUGGGGCUUGGGAGAAAACCAGGCUCAUGUGUCUUCAUAAACCUCUAAGAAAAAGUAAAUUCAUUUAUGUCCAUGUUAUCUAGCCGGAUUGUUUGGGAAGGAGCUGGCUAACAUUUUGGUGAACAGACAUCUUGAUUUACUUAAAGGAUCAUUUCUUGUAACAGCCUGGUAUAGAGUUAGCCUUGAUUUAGGACUAAAACGUAAGAACUGGCUCAAGAUACAAUUCUUCUUGAGUCAUUAAAUAUCAGUGACCACAGUACAAUUACAGGUUCAGCAUCCUCAAGGGUGGAAGGCUCUGGACUGAAAAUGAGGCUUGUGUUAUAAAAUAUUGCAGGGGGGAAGAUCAGGAAAAGCCCUUAGACUUGUCGGGGCAGGCCCAUAGAUACCUGGGAAAGUUACAGAUACCCACGUUAGGCAGAGCUCUGUCAUGAAGGAGCUUCAAAGCCCAAGUGAAAAUCAGUUACUAAGUAAAAUAAAGUUACCAAGUAGAAUAGUUAUAAAGGAAGGGACUUGUGGAGUCCAGCAGGACUCCAUCAAAAGACAGAAGUCUAACUCUUGUAGAGCAGACUGAAAGAGCCCUGUUGUACAGCAGGGACCCCGUGAUCUGGGAAUGCAGCAGUUUUGCGGGGGCUUUGAAGAGCUGGGGGCCUUGGGGAGCAAACGCUGUCUUAAAUAUAUCAGGGAGAAGGUCUGAGCACGCAGGACUGAAGGCACAGUUAAUUUUCUGCACUUCUUCAUGCUACUGCAUCAUUCUGGAGCGCAGGGUAUGUGUGAGAGCCCACCUGUCCGUCACCUCGUCCUUGGGGGUGGUACCGAUAAGGAGCAUCCCUCUGAACCUCGAGUGUUUGAGGCAGAGAUGCUGGAGCAAAGGACAUUCAAGUGGAAGAGCAACAGGUGUACCUAGCAGUGUAAAAAGAGCUUGACACUGAAAUGCUGAAGUUACUAGCAAAAACAGGGCUGUUAAAAAGGAGCUUAGUAUUCUUCAUGACUAGAUAACAUUGUAAUGUUGGAUUAUUAUUUUUUAAUUAGAGUAUUGAACAGGGCCCUGGGAAUUGCAAAUCAGUAACCCUGAAUGCCAGUUUGUGAAGGAGAAACCGAAGUGCUGUAACUCUUCAAUAUGUGGUAGGUUGAAAGCAAUCUACUUCCUGCGAAGAAAGGGGGUUGGACUACGUGGUCUUUGAAGGUCCCUUCCAACCCAAACCAUUCUGUGAUUCUAUGAUCAGUCUUGUUUUCUGAGUAAUCUACCAGAACCUUUGAAAAUGUUGGCAAACAGCAGGAGGUGGAGAAUCGAUUGAUCUUGGUUUUGGAUGUUUUAAAAGGUUUUAUCAAGUCCUCCCAAGAAGGUAUUUAUUAAACGUCAUGUUUGUGAUGAGGAGAGAAAUAUCAUGGAGUCCUUCCUUGAUUGCAGCCAAUGUUGAUCACUUGGACAGCACAAGGUAGACAAAAGUCUAAUUGGAGAUGGUGAUCACAGGUUUCCAGGUCUGAAUCUUGAAUAGAUCUUCAGCCUUUGAGCAAAUGAGUUUCCUCUGGAAAACACCGAUUAAUUAAAACCAAAGUUACCAGAUGGAGAAGGGCGAAUUUUCAUUGAACUUUUCAGGUGAGCACAUCUAGGUCCAGACUGCAAAGUCUGGUUGACCAGAGGAGAAACAAGCCCAAAAUACGGGGUAGCGUGGCAUCACUAUUUCUCCUGUGAUGUGACACCCCCAGUUCAAAUUCCUCCUCUGAGCUGACUUGCAGGUCUGCCAGACCCAGGAGCACACCUCAGCAACUAAUGUGUUCUGUUUUCUUUUGUUUUUACCCAGAAAAACCUAAAAUAUUUUGGUUUUGAUAAUGGGCAAAAAGGAAAGGAGUGGGGAGAGGGAUCUCAUCAGUUUUCCAGGUCUCCUCUAGCUCUGUUCAUGAGACCACGGUACCAAAGAGUAAGUGCUUUGAUAAAUCAUCGGAUUUUGCAAUAGAACAGGUUACCUGCAGGCGCCUCAAGGCUUUUGGGUAGUGUUUAAAUAUAAGGACCGGCAACUGAAAGAGCGGAGUGGUUGGUUUAUACUAGAGAAGCAACUUCGGUCUGGCCAGAAGAACAUGAUACGGUCGGGUACUGUGAGUGUGCAGCGGUGGGGAGAAAUUCAAUGCAAUAGGUAGGGGGGAAAAAAUUGAAAAGAAAAAGCAGUUUUCGAUGCUCCAACAAUACUGCCGAGCUUUAAGUGAUUUGCUCAUUCAAGAGUGAGAACAUCUGAUUCUGAGCAGCAAAAGAAAUUAAAUGGAAGUGCGUAGACUGCCAAAGAAAAUAACUGCGUGUUAGAGAUUGAGGUGCUGAGGUCUGAGAGGCUGCUGUGCGUGAACUCUCCUGUAACACAGUUCAUUAGACCCCCACGGUGUCCCUGUGCUGUUUUCCCUCGGUAAUCUGGUGGUUGUCACCGGCACAACCUUUGUCCCCUCCCCAUAGAAAUACUAAUUUCAUUAGAUUGCUCACUUCUAGUUAAAUUAUACCAGCUGACUUUGAAGUACUUAAUAUAAAAAUGUCGUGGUAUGCUUGCAUGGUAGUUAUUUGAUGUAAGAAAAAAAACCAACAUCUCUUGUGCUCUCUCUUUAGGAAUUUGGGGUUUGAGUUUCAUUGAGGACUGUUGUAGGUACCCAACUGCAAAGGAUCAGGCUCAUCUCUCUUAAAAAAAUGUAUUUCCUAGCUGAGAUUAGAAAUUAGAAGGCAAAUCAGAAGUUGUCUGUUAGAGGCUCAGAUGAUAAUAGCGACUCGUGCUAAAGGCUGUCCGUCCACAUAAAAAACUGCACGGCUGCUUCUGUUUUAACUGCUGUCUGGCAUUUGGGUAAUAGCAUUUUUUUCUAAAUGUACUAAGUAUAUUUGCCUUUAAAUCCUGUUAGGUACAGAUAAUGAUCAUUGGUAUUCUGUAAUUUAGCUCUAUACUAGCAUUCACAUUGGACUAGGCUUAAUAUUGUAAGUGUCAAAGAUGACUUGAAAAAGGAAAAUUAAUUUAUACCCUUUUCAUGCAGUUCUGCCCCAUAGAGGAGGUUGUUUGCAGAAGUGCUACAACUGUCUUCCCCUUUUACUUGCUGUGAUUCUCUGCAGGAGAGCAUACAGAUUUAAGUAUGUUUUUCCAUCCUUUGGAGACCCUGCGAUGUAAUCAUGGUGAGGUCCAUGGAAAUACCUGGAUAAACCGGGCCGGAACGCAGAGUUAAUGCAUCUUUUCCAGUUGUUUUUUUUUUAUUAUUCUGCUGUCAAUCAGGCCUCUGAGCUUUUUUUUUUUUAAAAAAAAAAAAAAAUGUAAAAACAUUAAAUUGUUUGAGUAAAAAUCACUUCCCUCAUCUGUCCAGUGUGACAUCCUCUAAUACUGUAGCUCUGUUCAGGCUGGAUUAUUCGUGAUCUUCCAGAAAAGGUAGAUGGGACUGGAAUUACUAAUGCCAAAACUUGCCCACGGCAAGGGAGGGAGGUCCUUGUUUUCAAGAUCAAACCCAUCCAGACUCUUUUCAGACACCCCGCAGCAUAGCACAAGGGUAUAAAUACCUACUUUUUCUUUUCCAGGUGAUCUUUAAGGCCAGGUGGUAGCGGGCAGGGACAGUCUGUCUGGCCGGACGGGCCGGGGGUCCUGCCCUUCACAUUCGCCCUGCUCCAGCAUUAAACCCAACAGUUUUUAGGCCGGGCUUUUGUCCUCCGAGCGGAGCUCAGCCCCCGGGUUCCCUUUGGCAUCCGCGCUGUCCCGCGCUCCUUCAUCUCGGCGGGUACGGGACCCGGCGCCUCCGCGGGUGAUGCCGCCCGCGCGUCGCCAGCCGCUCACUCCAUGCAUAGGGAGCUCCGUGUGGUUGGUUUUCACCAUUGUCCUCAAUUUCGAUCCCCAGGGCACAAAAAUUAGGACUUUCUCAGUUAAAGAAAUAAAAAAGCAAAGCAAAAUCUCUGGAGAGUGGUGUUUCCCUGCGAUAGUGGCGGCCGUUCACCACCCGCUUCUGUCCAGCCAUGACCCCUGGCUCGGUUCCGCUGGGUUUUUAGCCAUCUUGACCUCAUGUUUGCAAAUAUUAUUGGUAAUAUAAUGCUCUAUGUACAAAUGUCUGUGUGGCUCAUGUGUAUGUUUCUGUGGUUCAAGUCAGCCGCAGACUUCUGGAAUUUCAUUGUACUUUGGUUAAAUGUUGGACUUUUAACUCUUCUACUGUAUGGCUUCUUGAUUUCUCUUGUCCAUUGUGGACCAACUCUAUUUUUGGAAAUAAAUAAGCAUGUAAAUAAAAAGAAUGGGUUUAUGCCACUUUACAAGAAAAUGCUUUAUUUAAAAUAUACACUCAGUGUUGUAUAUUUUAUGGUAUCUCAGGGAUCGGACGAGGCUCAGGCACCAGCAGCCUUGGUGAUGAGAUACCUUAUUACGUACAAAUUCAUUUCCAAGUGGUUUCAGAAGAAGACUUUCCAUCCCCUGAGCCAAACCCCCCAUAGGACCAGCCUUGCGGAGGAGUGGGGGGAAAUCCAGACAGAAACGCAUAGUUGAAGGGGAGUAAAGGAAAGAAACCCAACUUUCCUCUCAACACAAGGCUUCUGGUUUGAGGUGUCCGGGUGCCAAAGAUGCCACCGAGUGUAGGGAUGCUGUGGGGCAGCUCUCGGCUCCUGCCCGGGAGCGCGUGGAGAUCAGGAGCACAAUGACUUCUUUUUAAUUUUUUCUAACUUUUCCAUAUAAACCAAUAUUUACCAGUAAUCCUGUGUUUCUGUUUUUGUUUUUUGGCAGACUUUUACCAGUAAAUAUCGGUUUAUUCCUGAAAGCAGAAGCCCUAAACAUACCUUUGUUAAUAAGUUUUCCUGCUCUGCAUCUCUGGGAACUGGAGCCCGCAGGACCUAGAGCCUUCUGUUGGUAACGUAGACCCGGGUUUACAAACUGUUCUUUACCUGCUUUUAAGGACAGAGGUGUUCCCAGCUGCCCGGUACGGGAACUGCUAGAAACCCUUGCAAAUGCAUUAAUUGCCUCACCUCUCCGAAGCCUGCGGGUAGGUCUCUAACAAGCAUCUUCAAGCUUGGGGCUGGUAAUAAUUUAUCCAAAAAUAUCCAGUAAAAAAGAAAAAUGCCAUUGCUGUUUUACAGUGAGCAGGACUGAGGGAGGGGAGGGCGGGAAAGGACUUUGAACAUUUGUUUCCGAUUUAUUGCUAGAAAGCAAGACUUGAUAAACUCCUCCACACCUGGGAGUGAAAGGCCUGAUCCUUAAAAGGACAUUGCUGGGCGGCCAGGACCCCAAAAGCAGCUGGUGCUUUUGAAUGAUGGGCAUCACUUUAGGUCAUUUUUUCCGGAGUUUUGGUUUGUACCGAGGCAAAUCAACUUGGGAGUGUUAAAACCUCCUUAUUUUUUCUUUCCGCAAGUGUUUGCGACCCAAACACAACAGCGUUAUGUUAGUACUCAAGAAAUGGAGGAACUGGAGGGGAAUAGACAAUGAGGUGACUGCAGAGUCCCGGCCAAUUUUUGUUUCUUCCACGCAAACAAAAUGAAAAAUACAAACCAAAAAACCAGCCCUCACCCCAAAAAAAACACAACCUCCCAAAAAACCAAGCCAAAGAGGGUCUCAGAUGCCUAAUGGUUGUGUCGUACGUGGCUGGCAAGAGUGGUUUUGGCGUAGCUGCAACCUAACUAUGUCCCUUUAAGGAGCAGCAGUAACUAAUUUCCUCUUAAUGACCCCAACGCUGGGGGUGUUGCCGCUCUCCGGUGCAGAUGGAAGCUCCUGCAGCCUUAGUUGGUGUCCAGAAUGCGGGGAGCCUUUCCAGCUGUGCAUGUUGAGCUGAAAACUACCUUUCCUCCCCUUUUGCAGCCUGGGUGGUUCUGCUUGCUGGCAGUUCCGUAACACAACUUUAAUCUGAGCAAUUGAGGCUGGCCCUACAUUAUCUCCAGACGUCUUGCAGAGGACUCCUGUUACCAGUUUGGUACCCAAAAGCUACAUCCCACCAUCAGAAGUCACUUAUUGAUUGUUUUUUUCAAAGGCAGUGAUAGAUUACCCUCGCUGGCUCUAAUGGAAAAAUGAUAAUUGCAAUGCAACUUUCUAAUAAAUUGUUCAUAUAUUCAUAAUUCCAUUGCAAUCCCAAAUUGGAGAAGAGAUCUGUUAAAGGUAUAUAUUAGUCUAGAUUUUUUUCUUAUUGUAAAUACUGUAAUUUUAUAAUACUGUCAAUAUUUUAUUAACUUAGAAAUAUUUAAGAGAGUUUAAUCUAUGGUAGCUGAUUGAUUUAUAGGUUUAUGUUGCAGCAAAUAUUGCAUUACAUUCUAAUGUAAGAUUAACUUUCAGCAUGUAAACGUUGAUUUAAUAUAUCAUUGGAAAGAUUAAGAGGGACAACUCUUAAUCUGUAAUACUUAUCCCCCAAUUCCCAGUUUGGAAUUAUUUAACAAAACAUGAGGAUCAUGAAUCAAGCAACUGCACUUGGAUGUGAAAACCUGAGUUUUGAAAUGUGAACAAGUGAACAAGUUUGCUUCGCUCUAUAAUCUAUAUAGACCAGAAGCCUUUGUUUUCAGCAAAGGGACACUGUCAGAUCGACUGUAGGUUCUUGUUUUAGGGGAGGGGAAAGGAAAAGCAAAGCAAACCUCACCCCCCGUGCAUGUGCGUUAGUUCCUUUAUAAUCGCAAGGGUGAAAUCCCCUUUUCUAGUUGGUAACCUCUCUCUAUUCGCCUGAUGGUGUCCCUUGCACAGCAUAAAGACGUUCACGUUCUCCGAAAACCCAUUAGAAGUGAUUUUCUGUUAAAGGCAGGGCAGAAUUGGUCUGUAAUAUGUUCGCAACGUGGCUUGCAUAGAAAUACCAAAAAUAUAUCAAGGAUUUUCACGGGAGCUGGUAUUUUUUGAGUGUAAAAGUUAAUCUUUAUUAGAGAUGUGCCAAUCUAUACUGCUUUGUUGUAGUGUUGUUAUACCUAGGCAUUUCAGUUAACUUACAAAUAUAUACUGUAACAGUAUACUUUGUACAGAUUUAUUUAAAAUUUAUUUGCAAACUGAAAUAAAGUAGGCAGAAAAUAAAGAUAUUUAUUUUUCAUUUGACUAUGUAAGAAGGUAUCAUUCUUUUGGUUUUAGUGCACUGGUGCACCAAGCCUCAGAACCACCGCUUUCUCCAGCGCAUAGGAUGCUUUUCCAAGACUGCGGAUACGUGUAUGUGUACUGCUGUAUUGAUAAGUAAAUGCCAACGAUGGAGUUAGUUGCUUUUAUACAUCCCAAAGAGAAGUUCUCCACCAGUCAUUUUCUGUUUUCUGACCGAAAAAGGUGUGUGUUUGUGAACGGUGUUCACGCGAGUUCUGCCGCCCCACUCUCACAUCAGCUUAUACCAAUGCCAGAAUGGGAGGAUUUGCCUGCGUACCUUCCCCAAAACGCCCCGGUCCGCAGUGGCAUCGUCAGGGAGCAGUUCAAACGUGUGUCCUUUGGACUUGGUGUAAAGCAAACGCAGAACGAGAAAAACUGAGAUGUUAAAUCCAUUAGAAAACAAAUUCCUUAUUGUACAGUAGUAUGGAGACCUCUAGUCAACCUGCCAUUAAUAGUAGAUUCUUAUUUUUUGAAUGAUCUAUUUAAAAGAACAGCAAGCAUUGUAUUUGCUAGUAAAUCUGACGUGUUUACAUGGAAUUACUAAAUAAAUUAUUUGAUCUAA